AGAUUGCGUCAGAGGUUCGCGAUUUGUUUCGCAAAGUAUCUAACGCGCAAUGGAUCUCAAUUAAGCAUCACUGUAUAGCGUAUUCGAGCUGACAGACGAUUGGUAAUGAUCCAUUAACGCUAUUAAAAAUGUGGGACAAUGUCUCAGCGCAGCUAUUAAUUAGUUUACGAACGCUCAGUAUAACAUUUUCAUCGGUAGAGUAAGCCGACAGACGUACAUUUGUCUCGUCGAUAAUCAAAUCGCUAAUUGACUGGCUUCUGCGAUACUUAUUUCAAUUUCAGCAAAUUCUUUUACGUAUUACAAAAAUUUUAUCACACAUAAUCAUGUGGGACAACGAUGAUAUGCAAGAAAUUGACCUUAGCAAGGAUCAACUUAAACAUCUUCGAAUGGCAUUCGACACAUUUGAUCCCGAAAAGAAAGGUGCGAUUCAAACCACGAUGAUCCCAACGAUUUUGGAAAUGUUAGGACACGAAGUUAGAGGUGUCAAUUUGCAAGAAAUGAUCGCUACCUACGACUUAUGGGGAUCGGGCGAGUUGAAAUUCGAAGAAUUCUCAAAAUUAGCAUCUCGUUUUAUGGAAGAGGACACGGACACGGAAGCCGUAAAGGAGGAACUUCGAGAAGCUUUCCGAAUUUACGACAAGGAAGGAAACGGUUAUAUCACUACCGAUGUCUUCAGAGACAUUCUUCAUGAGCUGGACGACCAACUAUCUCCGGAGGAACUUGACAUGAUUAUAGAAGAGGUGGAUACUGAUGGAUCUGGCACGCUCGACUUCGAAGAAUUCAUGGAGGUCAUGACGGGAUAAAUUAUGAGCUUCUCGCCCGAAUUAGCAAGUCCUACCAAUGCGGUCGAGGGAGAAACAUCGUGUCACGUGUAUAGAUAGGGACGAGCACGAUUUAUUAUAGUUGUGUGUGAACAUGACUGGUUAUCAAAGUGUGUAUGUAUGUGCGCGUGUAUGAGUGUGCGUUCAGUAGCACGUUCCUUGGGCAACUACUAUAUAAAGUUCGAUUAUACACAGGUCGCGCCUUUCAUUUUCCAGGAUUGAUUGUGGAGUUUUCACAAGCACCUCUUGAAAGGUCUUUGAUGUCUUUAGAAAUACGUCUUGGUGCAUUUAACGAAGUUGAAAUUUGCUGAAAUUAUUAUAUAUAGCUUGCUCAGGAAACGUGUAGAUACGCGAAACAAUCAUCAUAUAUCUAUAGUACGUAAUAUAUUUUCAACUAACGUGAACUUUCGAAUUAAAUUACUCUUACUUAAAAUGAAAAAAUAUAUGUUAAUUAGAAAAAAUUUAAUAAAGAGAAACAUCGUAAAUCGUAAAGCAUUAUCACCAUUGUCCUUGAUCAGGCAAUUUGCGCAAUAAUAGAUGCCUAUAGUAAUUUAUAUAUACAUAAUAAAAUAAUAUUAAUACCUCCUUUAUAUACAUAUGUGUAUAGAUUAUUAUAUCAUGUUUAUAAUAAUUUAUGAGAGUGUGGUCUUUUUCUUUUUUUUAUCGUUUCAUAUUCAUUCUCUCCUUUUUUGAUUAAGAUUAUUAUUUAGAAGUGCAGCGUGGGAGAGAAACGUGACAUUGAGAUAACAAAUAGCUGUAUUCUUCAAAAUUUCGAUACGAUGAAAAUAUUUUAUUUUUGUUAAAGGUAAAACGAAAGUAGAAAGCAAUAGUACAUAGACAUAGCGAUGACAGUAAGCAGCAGUAUGUCCGAUUUUACGAUAGAGUAUCACCCAUGUAUUCACCAACUUCUAUCCGGCUUUUACGAGCUUAUAAUUAGCGAUCUAAGAAUAAAACACUUGCAGUUA